AUGACAGACCAAUUUGCCUUCUCCCACCCGUCCCCGCUGGAGGGCUACGAGAACCUUGAGCCACUGUCCGAGGAGCGCAAUGACGAUGGCAAGUCGUUCAAGAACCCCCAGCAUGGCAUCCUGAGCAAAGCCUACGAGGAGUUCCCUGCCCCACUCCAAAAGGGGCCCCGCGGAGGCUUCGACAUCCACAUCUACCACUUUCAGGUGAGUCAAGACACCCUCUCCGAGUCGCCCGAUCCGACUAACACACAGCAGAACAACCCAGACCAGGUCGCGUACGCAAAAGCCCUAUGGGAGCGCAUCCGCCGCGAAUGUACACACGCCCCACUGCCCAACCCUACCUUCAUUUCACACAGUUGCCCACAUCCCGUUCCCCACGAUGCUAACCCUUGCCUCCCCCCAGUCCCCGAACUCCGCAUCUACACCUUCUUCGACCGGCCCAUUGGCCCACACCCAGUUGCCAUGUUUGAAGUCAACCUGUUCACGCCCGCGCAAUUCGGUGCGUUCAUCCCCUGGCUGGUGAUCAACCGGGGCCCGCUGAGCGCACUGGUGCACCCCAACACGGACGACGAUGAGGAGGAGGAGCGGAACCACACGCAGCGGGCGAUGUGGCUGGGGGAACGGAUCCCGUUGGACUUGCGGAUUUUCAAGCUGAUGAAGGAAAAGCAGAAGCGGGAGGAGGAGGCGGCGGAGAAGGCGAAGCGGGAGACGUUAUAG